UUUACGGAAGAAAAGUUGAGGGUGUAGGAAACAGUGUAACAAUAGUUAUAGGCCUUUAUAGUCCUACACUGAAUGUUAUUUUGUAGUUACGGUAUGUAUGCUGGGGUUUUCUGUUGCCUACUAACGUUAACUGUAACCUAGGCUACUGAUAAAGUUGCAAAUUGGUAGCCUAGGUCGAUUUCUGACACCGGUAUUUUUUAUUCUUAAACAAAAUCCGGCAACAAAUUGUUUUGAAAGAAACGAGACAAUACUAUAAAACACAAUGUCACAUUGUGACCAAAUUUUGGGAAAAGAUGUGGAUUCCUCGCCAACCGCGACCACAAACUCGAGCUCUAAAAACGGAGAUAACGGGGACGUCGUGAUCAAUGCGAGGGCAGUGUGCCGCGUUUGUAAAUGUUUAUAUCGCGAGCCUAAAAUUAUGCAGUGUUUACACACCUUCUGCGCAGACUGCGUUCGUCAACUGGAACCAUUUUCGGUGUCUUCGGGAGUACACAAUGGUAAAGCGGUCCCUCUGGAAGGCGAGCCGCCCUCCUCUGCCGUCACCGUUCUCUGUCCGGAGUGUGACUCCGAGGUGGACAUCCCGUUGUCCGGAGUGGACGGGCUGACCACUGACCACUUGGCCCUGGACGAAGUGUUUCUGGAGACGCUGAUGAGCAAGAACUCUGUGGUAUGCGACCUGUGCAACGACGGGGACGCAGAGAAGCGUUGUGAGGUGUGCAGUGUCAACCUCUGUGAGUUUUGUAUUCAAGCACACAGGAGACAGAAGAGGACGUCGUCUCACACCGUCCAGUGUCUGGAGGACCUGAAGACCCAGGGUUGUCUCUCUCGGCCCGUCCUGUGCUCUCUCCACCCUGGCCAGGAGCUGCGUCUCUUCUGUGAGCCCUGUGACCUACCUGUCUGCCUGGAGUGUGCCGCCACCUUCCACCGCGACCACCGCUGCCUCCCCACACGUGAUGUCAUCGAUCGCCAUGGGGGCCGUAUCCGGGAUUUGGUUACCGGGCGCCUGCGGCCACGGCUGGACCAGCUGGAGGAGUCACUGCGGAAGGUGGACCUAUCCCAGGAGGCCUUGCAGACCAGGGUGGAUGCGGCGGUGGACGAGGUGCGUUCCUUCGCACGAGGCUACGCUAGCGCUGUGGAGUCGCACUGCCUGUUGCUGCUACGGCGCUUAGAGGAGCUGGGUCUGCAGCGCAGGAGUCAUCUCCAUCUGCAGAGGGCGCAGCUGCAGCAGGCCCUGUCGGACACCCGCGGGGGGGUGGAGUUUGCCGAGCGGCUGCUGACGUGCGGGUCGGAUGCAGAAAUCCUCAGUGCUAAGGACGUGACCCUCCGCAGGCUGGCUGUCCUGAUGGAGACAGGCUACAACCCCCCCCCAGAAACCGCCUGCCCCGAUGACGGGAGCAGUAUUUGCUUCCUGCCACGGGAGAGUGCAGGCGAGGUGGCGGGGUACCCGAUGGUGGGGGUGAUCCACACCAAGACCCUGGAGCUCAGCAGGUGCACCAUUGAAGGGGAAGGUCUGCAGCGUGGCAGGGAAGGCCAGAGAGGGGAGUUCACCCUGGUGUGUAGAGACUCGGCUGGGGAGCAGAUGGGUCGUGGAGGGGAAGCUGUCCUGGUCAGUAUGGUCCACAAGGAGAAGAAAGACUGCAGAGUGGAGGCGGCGGUGGUGGAUAACAGUGAUGGCUCCUAUACUGUCUCCUACACCCCCAUGGAGCCAGGGGCCUACUCUGUGUGGGUGUGUGUCAAGGCCCUACAUGUUAAGGGUUCCCCCUUUGUCCUGAAUGUGAGGAGACAGGUCCGGUGGCACCGUGGAACGUUCCACUGCUGUUCCUUCUGCUCCAGUGGGGGUUCUAAAGAGGCCCGUUGUGGCUGCAUGGGAAGCAUGCCAGGAGGGUUCCAGGGCUGUGGUCACGGCCAUAAGGGUCACCCUGGUAAGCCCCACUGGUCGUGCUGUGGAAGUACGGUGGAGGCCUCAGAGUGCCUGCCACAGAGUGUCAUAACGGCAGUGGGGGGAACAAUAACAGCAGUGGGGGGGACAGGCUCGCCCCGGGGCCACCUCAGGACAGUGGAGCUCUGAGGGACAGGGCCAGGACACCUCUACCCCCACCAGACAUCAUGUGUCUACGAAUCAACCCUUUCAGAUGAUGAACGAAAUACUGAGAAAGAAGUGGGACAGUGUGGAUAAAUGUGAGAAGAAAUUAAUUAAGAAACAGUAAACUUGAAAGGCCGCAGCAUUACUUAUGAAUUUCUAUUUUCAAGCUGUAGAUUUUAUACACACUACACAAAACAAUAUUUGUUGUGAUCCGCUACUGUAGCUAACUAUUCUGUCGUUUCUAUUGUUUUGCAUGUGCAUGUUACAUCACAAGACUGACUUAGUGCAUUUCAUGUAUUUGAAAGACCAUUAUUUAUAUUGUGAAAUAAAUAACACUGGAAUA